UCACGCACGCACUACAACCCGGAAGUACAUGCCUACAGUCUUUUGAGGAGGGUUCCGUCUUCUGGGGUGAGCUUAAUAGGAGGAGAUUUGCUUAAUAAAUUUUGUGACUAGAACAAUUCGGACUCACUUUGAAAGUACAUAGAGUAAAGAACAUUAUAAACCAGAGCAUGGACCGCUGUGGUCCGUGGACCAGAUUUUCUUUUGCGCUGAAUUCGGAGGUCCUGGGAUAGUCAGGAAGAUUUCUUGCCUCUCUCCGACAUGGCUCAGGAAAAAAUGGAACUAGACCUUGAGGCAAACACCUCUGCUCCCUCCAUGGAAGGAGGAAACCUACGGAGAUCGAACAGCGCUCCUCUGAUUCAAGGAUUAAGUGAUAAUUCACAAGUGUUUCAAGAUGACAUUAUUCAAACUCGAAGAAAUAGCACAACAGUUAUGAACCGUCGCAGUUUGAGAGAUCGGUCACCCCACAGAAGUAAUUCUAGUGACCCUAGACCCAAAUGUGGAUUCUGUCAUGUGGGUGAAGAAGAAAAUGAAGCAAGGGGAAAGCUUCAUAUAUUUAGUGCUAAAAAGGCAGCAGCACAUUAUAAAUGCAUGUUAUUUUCUUCAGGUACAGUUCAACUUACAACAACGUCACGGGCUGAAUUUGGUGAUUUUGAUAUCAAAACUGUGCUUCAAGAGAUUAAGCGAGGAAAAAGGAUGAGGUGUACCCUUUGUAGCCAACCUGGUGCAACUAUUGGGUGUGAAAUAAAAGCCUGUGUAAAAACAUAUCAUUACCACUGUGGUGUACAAGAUCAAGCUAAAUACAUUGAAAAUAUGUCACGAGGAAUUUACAAACUAUAUUGUAAAAAUCAUAGUGGCAAUGAGGAGAGAGAUGAAGAAGAUGAAGAACGAGAAAGCAGAAGUCAAAAAGAACUUACUGACUGUUGUGAUCCUUCUCAACAGCAACUUAGUGGAAACUGAGUAUGGAAGUUGGAAAAUAGGAUUCAGAGGCCUGAGAAACUUGACCACCAAACCAUCAGAUUUGUGACUAUAAAUGUUAGCGAGCCAGGAAUCAAACUGACUCCAGGUACCAUCUUCUGCCUACAACAUUAUGUUACUAUGUUCUUCAUUAAAUAUCAAUAAGAAAAUGCCUUUUGAAAAAAAAUAAAAUGUUUCCUAUUAUCUGAAUAUAAUUUUCCUCAAGUAGACAUAGUUAUGAAAUUUAAUAAGAUCCAACAUUUUGAAUGCUAGGCUAAGUACAAAUGAUGACUUUGUGAAACACAAAAUUAGUUCCUAUAGUCUUUUUUAUUAAAGCCUACUUUCAGAAAGGCUUACUUAAAAAUUUCUGUUUCUCCGUUUAAAUUGUUUUUGUUUCUAGGCUCUCAAAACUAGUUACCAGUAAUUGUUUUAUUUAUUUUUACCUUAGAACAGUGUUCUUUUAAAUAAGAAAAUUAUAAAAAAAUAUUCCAUUGUAUUGCCACCUACUCUUACAUUAUAUAAACAAGAAUGAUGCUUAAAAGUACUUUUUUGCUUUGAGUUCCUGAAUGUAGAUAUAAUUUGUGACUUGAGAGAUGUUUUUUCUAGCUGUUUUCUUUUUGUGUAGUUUAAAAAGUACUUGAAACAAAUUGGUUUCAUUCUUGUAAGAAAUUGCUUUUAAAUAUAAAAUUUAAAUUUAGUGUAUUCACAUUUUGUCAUAUAUCCUUAGUGCCUUACACUAUAAAAAUUAUACUUUUGUGCCCAGGUUAUUAUUUUACUGAGUGUUAAUUAUAAUAUGAUAUUAAAUAAAUUUCCUUUAGCCCUAUGAUUGCCUUUGCCCUUAGUGGUGGUUUUUGUAAACAUAAAAAAUCAUUUUAUAGUCAAGUAGCAUUUAUUUUAGUUUUUCUUGGCAUUUUCAUAUAAAUUUAUUCCUUGCAGUUUUUAAGAGUACUUUUUUGUGUCUUGUAAUCUUCCAUGAAUAUACUAAAAAUUACUUUGGAAUACUCUCAGUUUGUGGAAAUUGUAGUAAAAUACUUGCAUUUCAUGUUAUUCCUUUAAAAUGUAUAUGCACAUUAUAUGAAAUUUCUGUAUUCCCAAAUUCUCUAAUAACUUAAAAAUAUUAUACAUUUCUUCUUAGAAGUGUUAACCUGCCUGUAGAGAGGGCAGUUUAGGAAAACUCAAAAUUAACUGAAACAGUGACAUUUUAAAAAUGAAAAUAUUCUUGCUUUGUGAAAUGUGGUAAAACUGAGCUAAAAUGCAUAUUUUUUCUUUAAAUUGCUUAAAAUAUAAAAAACAAAGUGGACCCUUUGGAUUAAAAACAUUCCUCAUAAGUA